AUAUUGGCCAUUUGCCGUUAAAGUAGGAAAUCUGUUUGCUGAUUCCAAUCCGGAAUACAAGAAACUUACUCAGGACAUGGUGCCUUUUCUUUCACGUUCCCAUGGCUUAGGCCAUUUCUGGGCUUGUUCUGUACAAUGGACACUGGGAGAAAGAUGGGGUGGAUAUGUUGGGUGAAGAACAGGAGCAAGUUUUUUCCUACAUGGCCCGUCUAGUUUCAACGACAAAACAUCAGAGCAGAGCUAGUAGAUUUCUUGUGUUCUGCUAUCAAUUUCGAAAAAUCUGUCGUUCAAUAUUUGUUGUAUAGGUAGGAGAGACGACAUUUCAAGCGCUAUUCUUUACUUCAACCUCGAUAAACAGAAAAGAAUGAUUCCUUCUCUUUGUUUAUGGCUGAACAGAGCCAGGUGCAAAACACUUCUAUACGGGAAAAAACUACAAAGCAUGCUGGAUCAUCGUGGAUUAAAUAAAGAAGAUCUCCCUCUGAUACUUCAGCGAUUUAAAAAACAGGUGAAACUGGUUAACAGUAAGCUUUUACUGUCGACUGGGACAUAGAAAUUCUACAAAAGGAACUUGAAGGUGAAUGCCACAUGAUUAAAGUUCUUCACACACGCAACGCUACAUUUUUUGAUACAUGUAAGGCGCGAACAGCCAACAGAAAAAUUAUGUCCAAAAAGAAGAAAAGAGUAGAUACGAUCGUUGAACUGCUAAGCGGAAAGGGUAUAAAGGUGUCCAAGGAAAAUCUGAAUACCGGUUUCUUUCCUUGGCAUGACACCACGAAAUUAUCUCUUGGUGAAGACUACGAACUUAUCGACACCUGGAUGUUAUCUCUUCGCUAUGAGGAAGCUAUCGUCCAAGCUAAAAAGGAAAUGGGUGAAUUUAUUCGAUCACUCACCUCGCUAUGUUUUGAUCUUCAGAAUGACAUCAGGAACUACGAAAAAAUUAUGCCGGUUACGCUUCUCAACUAUAGUCGUUCAAUAAUGGCAACUACAGAAAUUGCCCGAAUCCGUGAACUCAUGGAAAAAGUAGUGAAUCAAUUCACGGACGCUCUCAAUCUAAAUAUCAGUGAGGACUUGGAAAUUGAACCGGAAGAUUUUAUAGAAAAGGUCGAGAAAGAGGAAGAACUGUUAGUAGCACUUCAAGAAGACACCGAUGAAUACAGCGACGAAGAUAAUUAUGAAGAAGACGACGAAUUUUGAACAAAGUAUACCUGGCCAUUUAUCCAUGCAUAUGUAGUAAAUACAUUCCUCAAACUUA